AUGUGCGGCUCGAGCUCGGAACUAAUUUUCGUUUUUCCAGCUUCACCGCCCGUGCGCGCAGCAAUACCACCUUCCCAACCAUCGUCCAUGGGGCGAAUUUCCUUUAACAUUCUGGGAAUAGCCUCAGGCAAAUCUGACCGCUCUGUCUCCUCCAUCGCGCCGCGCGCGUCGGGAGUGCUCCAGGUCCGCGAAAGACUGGGAGGCGCGGGGCAUUCUUCUCGCAACGCCGCGCGGCCACGGCGCGCGAAGAAGAACAAGAAAGGCAAGCGGACCGGGGCGCGCAAGGCCAAACAUCCCCAGGGGAAGGGGAACAACAAGAAGGGCUCUGGCAGCGUGAGAAGCGGACGCGGCAAACGCGACGCCGGCACUCACGGCGAUCCUUUCAAACGAGGCACGAAUCACAGCAUGCGCAGCAGCGCGAGCAUGCUAACCAGCCUCCAACGCAUCAUCAACGCGCCGCGAGCCGGUGGCUGUAACAUGGCGACUGGCGAAGGGUGUUCCGCUGGCGACCAUCACUACAUUGAUCCUCUUUCCAACGGGCUUCCGAACGGCGGGCCGCUCAUGGCGCAGAUUCAGGCUGCCACAGCGCCACGUAGGCGAGAAGUGGAUGACAUUAUUCAAAACGCGUACGCUGCCAAGUCAACUGGCGAGCUGCGUUACCAGCUGACGCUGUCGCUUCGCUCCAUUCGUAUGGCCCGUCGCAGCAUGUACAUUGCGUCGCCACUGUGCCGUCGCUCGCUCAAGUUCGCCAUUUCGCAGUCCAAGAAGGUUGACAGAUUUCUUCGCAAGGGCGACGUCGCACACGCGCGCAAGCAGACGGUGCUCCUCGCCAAGGCCGUCGUCGACUGUCAGCGAGACGUCGGGAGCGUUAUCGCGAAGCGAAGCAGUAACGGUGCGCCGAAAGCGCAUGGUUACGAAGUAGAGACCGCGACAACACAAGGCACGAGCCUGGCUGGUGGCAGGAACAGCGACGUUGGCGGUUUCGUGGAAUCAUUGUCCGUACUCGACCAAGCCGCCUUCACGACAGCUGCGACGGCUGCGAAAAUCCUCGCCGAAAGUGGCGACGAGUACAGCGACAGCUUUCAGGAGUUGGAGAACGCUGUUAUUCGCUUGAGCGCCGUUGGGCAGACGCUGAAGCGCGUGAGCGGCGCGCGGGGAAUGUCACGCGGAAUUGUGGGACCGGAGGGGAACCAGGGGCUCCAGGAGGUCCUGCAAAAGCCGCCGACGCGUGCGACGAGCAUCGUGGACUUCGUCGUGGAUUACGGAGAGGAGCUGGUUACCACGCUCCCGAAGGACGUAACGACGCUGACCUUCAACGGCACGCUCGGCGCGCGCAUCCACUCCGCGCUGGCCUUCCCCUCGGGGGUGUUUUCCGCGCGCCUGCAGUGUCCGCAGGGGCAGGCGAGCGGGCUCGACACCACCUUCUAUGUGAGACCCCCCGCCCCGUUCGAGUCUUCUCCAAAAUCGCAUCACCUUCCCCUCCCACCCUCCGCCAUUCCCUCACACUUCCUCACACUCUCCCCUCCACCCGUCUCCGCUCCUCGACCCCCUCUCUCCGCGCGCGUUCCCCCACCCGCCACCCCGCAGCUGUCGACGGUGGAGGGCGGCCCGGCGACGGACGCGAUCGUGAUGAGCGUGUUCGGCAACGCGCGCACGCGCGUGCGGUGCAUGGUGAUCGUGGACGGCGUGCCGGGCAGCACGCAGGAGGUGGAGGUGGGCGACGACUGCGCCGUGGGCUUCCAUAACAUCACCAUCAUGUGGAGCAAACAGCUCAUCAUAUGGAUGUACGACAACCAGGUGCUGCGCGUGCUAUCGCGCGACAUGCUCUCGCCCUUCCCGCUCUCCACCACAAUGUUCCUCUACGCCUCGCUCUACGACACCUCGCCCUACCCUUACGCCUGGCAAGCCGGCUACCUCCGCUCUUCCGCGCUCUCCCUCUCCGCCACCUACGCCGCGCCCACCGCGCUCGCCCCUACGCCCUCCCUCAACUUCAACCUGCCGCUGGACCCGUUACUAGGUGCCCCGUUAGAGACACGCCCGAAGGGGCGGGUGAUGGGGCGAGGGGCAAUGUGGCCCGUGGCGAUCGACUACUGCUCGACGCACGUGGAGACGCAGAGGGGGUACCAGUCAAUCCGGUUCGACGGCACGGGGUGUGGCGGGCGCUUCCACUCCACGCUGCGCUACUUCAGCGGAACGUUCUCCGCGCUCUACCAGUGCCCGCGGGGGAACGCGUCCGGUCUCGUGUCCGCGUUCUACCUAUCGUCGGAAGAGGGCAGCAGGUUCCAGGACGAGAUCGACUUCGAGUGGCUGGGCAAGAACCACCGCGCCGUGCAGACCAACUUCUACGUCAACGGGGGCGGCGGCCGCGAGGUGCUCGUGCCGCUCGCCUUCGACUGCUCCGACGCUUACCACAACUACACGCUCUCCUGGACCAGGGAGAAGAUCCGCUGGUAUGUGGACGGCGCGCUUGUGAGGGAGGCGUUAUCCAGUCAGUCUGACGCGUAUCCGGUGAAGCCCAUGUAUGUGUAUGGGUCCAUGUGGAAUGCCAGCUGGGUGGUCAACGGAGGGUGGUCCGGCGCGUAUAGUGGCGUGGACGUGCCUUAUUUCGCCAAGUUUAAGGGUAUUAGGAUCGGGACGGCUUGA